AAGGAUUUUUGUUAACUCCUUUCCAUCCCUUUGGUGGAGCCGUUGAUAUAAUUGUUGUUCAGCAACCAGAUGGGACUUUUCGGAGUACACCUUGGUAUGUUCGGUUUGGGAAGUUUCAGGGUGUUCUAAAAGGGGCCGAGAAGGUUGUUCGUAUAACUGUUAAUGGCGUUGAAGCAGAUUUUCAUAUGUGUCUUGAUAAUUCCGGGCAAGCAUAUUUUUUAAGGGUGGUUGAUUCCGGUGAAGGAAUUGAGACAAGUGGAGAUUCCAAAGAUUCAAAUGAUGGAAUUGACUCGGAUUCUGAGUUGGAUCAAUUGAGGGAUGAUUCUGAUGGCACAAGUCAAAACCGGCUUGAAAGGGUAGAAUCUGAUACUAUUUUCUAUGACUUUCAAGAUGAUCAGUUCUCUCAAGAGGAUUUGGAUUGUGUGUCUUUUGGUGAAGCACAAGGUUUAGGUUCAGAAGUCGUCUUGUUCAGUGUGGAUGGCCAUAUAAUUACAGCUCCUGUUUCGGCAUCAGACGAGAGUGCUGAAAAUGUGCAACUAAGCAAGCCUCUAUUCCAUAUAGGACCAGGUGAAGGACCUCCCUUUUGUGAGGGUAAUGGGGAAUCUAGUUCAGGUGACAAUGUGUCGGAUGCUGACUAUACUUGUAAGCUCAAUUCUGUAGCACCUAAGGAUUCCUCUGAUACUGUUUUCAGUUUGAACAGUGAUUCUACUGCUUCAGGACACCAUCAAGAAGUUUGUAAAGAAGGGGAGGAACAUGCCUGUGAAACUGAAGAAACUCAAAACCUUUUUAACCAAGAAAAUAAAUUUAUUGGGAAAAGUGAAGUUGAAGAUGCAUCUGUGCAUGUUAACAAGGAUGUUUCUAAGAGCUGCCUUGGACUAUCUGAACUGGGAAGACAUAGUGAAAAUACCAAUUCUGAAGAAAUGAAUAGCCUACUGCAAGCUCAGAGUUCAAAAGAUAAACCUCCUUGCAGCCCUCCAGAAGUUGGUGAAAUUGAAAAUAGAGCUAUUGGUGACUCCCGAAAUGGAUUUCCGGAUUUACCAAUUGAAAAGAAAGUGUCAGAAACAGAUUUUCUGGACUGUAACAAUACAUCUGUUAAUUUGGUUAUUAAUGAACCUGAAUUGAGAGAUGAACAGUUUGGUACAUCAACAUCAACUGAAGGGGCGAAUGGCAGCCUGCAAAUUCGUGCACUUGAGGAUAAGAGUAGUGAAAUUAAGAUUGUGGAAACUGAAACAACUUGUGCUAAAGAGAUAGCAGCUCAUGCGAGCAUGGGAUUUGAGAUCUCACUCUGUGGGAAUGAACUUCAUGUGGGUAUGGGAUUAGAUGCUGCAGCAGAAAUCUUUGAAGCACACCGCGUACCAGAAGAGGAAUACAAAAAUAAUGCAAUGUCAAUUAUUAAGAAUGCAAAUCUUAUCAUCCGAUUCAAAGAGAUGUACUUGCCAUGGGAAAAAGCUGCUCCUAUUGUACUUGGAAUGGCUGCAUUUGGUUUAGAGUUAGCUGUUGAGCCCCGAGAUGCAAUCCAUGUUGAACAGGAUGAGUCAUUGAAACCAAAAGAUGAUGAUUCUAUUGUCACUUCUCAACCUUCUAACCAUAGAUGGAGGCUCUGGCCUAGUUCCUUAACAAGGGUCAAAACACUUGAGAAGAGCGGCAGCAAUUUAUCUAGUGAGGAGACAUUUAUUGAUACCAAAUCUUCUCAACAAGAUUCUCCAUCAGAUUUAAUUCCAGCAUCCACUACAAGGAUUGAAUCUCCCGGAAAAAAGUUUGUGAGGACAAAUAUUCCCACUAACGAGCAGAUUGCUUCAUUGAAUCUGAAAGAUGGUCGAAAUAUGAUUACUUUCAGUUUCUCCACCAGGGUUCUGGGAACACAACAGGUUGAUGCACAUCUUUACUUGUGGAAGUGGAAUGCAAAGAUUGUAAUCUCAGAUGUGGAUGGAACAAUUACCAAGUCUGUCGUUUUAGGCCAGUUUAUGCCUUUAGUUGGAAGGGAUUGGACACAAACUGGUGUAGCUCAUCUUUUUUCUGCCAUUAAGGAGAAUGGGUAUCAACUUCUAUUUCUCAGUGCACGUGCAAUAGUUCAGGCAUAUUUUACCAGAAAUUUUUUACUUAACCUGAAACAGGACGGAAAAGCUUUACCGACUGGACCUGUUGUUAUUUCUCCUGAUGGUUUGUUUCCCUCAUUGUACCGUGAAGUGAUAAGAAGAACGCCCCAUGAAUUCAAAAUAGCUUGUUUGGAGGAUAUCAGGAAACUUUUCCCUUCCGACUAUAAUCCAUUUUAUGCUGGUUUUGGAAACCGAGACACAGAUGACUUAAGUUACAGAGAAAUCGGGAUCCCAACGGGAAAGAGAUUUAUUAUUAACCCAAAGGGUGAGGUGGUUACAAGUCAUUGUAUGAACACGAAAUCAUAUACAUCACUACAUACUCUUGUUCACGACAUGUUUCCUCCAACAAGAUUGCUUGAGCAGGAGGAUUAUAACUCAUGGAACUUUUGGAAAGUGCCGUUGCCGGAUAUCGAUUAAGAUAAUAGAUUGCUUAAAGAAUGCAGUUUAGUUAUACUGAGGAGAUGAUCAAUAGCGUAAAUUGCCCCAUAUGCUAGGAAGUGUGACCUAACAAGAGCUUGCCUAAGGCCAUUAAUGGUGUUAUUUGAGAAAAUCUCUGAAAACCCAGUAAACGAUUGCAGUAAUUUCCUGCUA